GGGUUCUGUACCAACAAUCCUUAUUUUCGUAUAAUUUUUGUGGCAAAAUUGUUUUAUAGGAUUUAGUAAGGAUAAUUAGUAUUCUAGAAAACUAUUUGAACAAAAUAAAAAAAAAUGUGAAGUGCUUCUUCUACAAACCAUCUCUAUUUUCAUCACCAUGGAAGACCACCGAGUAUCAUCAUCGACAUCCUCAGAUCGUACCAGGACGAGAAGAAAACCAAAAAGUGUCCUGGUGCUGACUCUCGUAGGAUCCUGCAUAUUUCUCCUGAUCCUUUGUGGAUGCCUCAUAGCAUCCCUGGUCCUUGUAGGAGAUGUCUUAGCAGAAAAAUUGGAGAGGAUAGCCAUCAUGAGAGCCAUUAAUAGGCAGACUUUGAAUAAUUUUACUAAGGAUAAUGUUAACCAGACGAAGAUAUCCAGGAAGUACAACCAGACUUUUAUUAAUCUGGUUCCAAAAGUUGAUGAUGGGGUAAUAGAUGAUUUUGUUGUCCAGGAUGAGCUGACUUUUAGAUUGCCUACUGGUGUGGUGCCAGUGCAUUAUGAUUUAUUGUUGAGGCCCUAUUUGAUGGAUAGGCCUGAUGGUGGUGAUGAGGAUUUUGAGGGCUUUUUGGUUUUGACGAUAAAUGUGACAGAUCCAACAAAACGUUUAAUCUUACACUCCAAAAAUCUCAACAUAACAUCCCACAAAAUCGAUAAAAGACAAUCGAAUUUUUCCAAAAGACAAUCGAACGUCGAUCUUACCCCCACAAGUGCCCAAAGUGAUUCCUUCAACACUAGUGAUGUGAAAGUGCCUGAAAUUGUGAAAGUGUUCGAAAAUCGGUCGUUGGAUUAUUGGAUUGUAGAAUUUCGUGAUGUUUUGGAUUUAGGAGUUUACGAUUUGACUUUGAAUUAUACUGGAAAAUUUGGGGGCGAUGGAAAGAAGAUUGUUGGAUUUUAUAAGAGCAACUAUUGGGAUGAGGAAAGGAACCAGACAAGAGUAAUUGCUACAAGUAAGUUCGAGCCAACUUUUGCAAGGCUGGCCUUUCCCUCUUUCGAUGAACCUGCUAUGAAGGCCGAAUUUACGGUCAGGAUUGUCAGGCCUUCCGAAGACGACUACAUUGCCUUGUCUAAUAUGAACGAAGUGAAAGCAGAGGCAGAUGUCCCUUCCAAGGGCCUGACCACAGUCCACUUUGCAAAGAGUGUCCCUAUGUCAACUUAUCUGGCCUGUUUUAUAGUCUGUGACUUCAAAUACAAAGAGGCCAAAAUCCAGAAUGCAGAUGGCCAAAGCUUUAAUUUCAGAUCAUAUGCCACUCCGGCCCAACAGGAAAAAGUUAAUUUUGCUACUGAUACUGGUGUAAAAGUUACAGAAUAUUACAUAAGGUACUUUGAUGUCAACUACCCACUUCCAAAAUUAGAUAUGAUAGCGAUCCCAGAUUUUGUAUCUGGUGCCAUGGAGCAUUGGGGUUUGGUAACAUUUAGGGAAACAGCCUUAUUUUACGAUAAGAACAUCAGCUCUACGGCUAAUAAACAAAGAGUCGCCACCGUAGUUGCUCAUGAAAUCUCUCAUAUGUGGUUUGGAAAUCUCGUCACUAUGGAUUGGUGGAACGAACUUUGGCUAAAUGAAGGUUUUGCUAGUUAUAUGCAAAAUAAAGGAAUAGAUCAAGUGUACAAAGAUUGGGGAUUGUUGGAACAAUUUUUACCAAGUACUGUUCAUAGUGUGAUGAAAUUAGAUGGAACUUUAGGAUCUCAUCCAAUUGUCCAAACGGUGGAGACGCCUUCGCAAAUUACAGAAAUUUUUGAUGCCAUAACAUACGACAAGGGUGCAAGUGUCAUCAGGAUGUUAGAAAAUUUCGUCGGAAUGGAUCGUUUUGCCAAAGGAAUCACAGCCUAUCUAAAAGCUCAUCAAUAUGGAAAUGCAAGGACAACUGAUCUUCUGCACCAAUUGCAAAUAAUUGUCAAGGAUGAAAUGGAUUUAACUAAAAUCAUGGACACCUGGACAAGGCAAAUGGGUUUACCAGUAGUCACUGUCACAAAAGGUGAUAAACCUGGCGAAUUUGUCUUGACACAAAAGCGUUUUUUGGCUGAUCCUGAUAAGGAAAGUCAGGCUGAACCUUCACCAUACAAUUACCGAUGGGAAAUUCCAAUAACGUACAUCACGAAUGUUAAAGACGAUUAUAAACUUGAAUGGUUCCCGAGGGAAGAUGCUGCAAAGACAAUUCAAGUAGCCGAGGAUGUCGAAUGGAUAAAACUCAACAAAGAUCAAAUCGGAUACUACAGAGUCAAUUAUUCUGAAGAAAUGUGGAAAAAAUUGAGCAAUGCCAUGAAGAAAAGGAUAAUUAGUUUUUCAGCCUCAGACAGAGCCCAUUUAUUAAAUGAUGCCUUUUCUUUGGCCGAAGCAACUUUGUUGCCCUAUUCGACUGCUUUGGAGAUGACAACUUAUUUAGCAAAUGAAAUGCAUUAUGUUCCAUGGGCAGUUGCUUCUACUGAAUUUUAUUCUUUGAAAAAAUUGCUCUUUGGAACUGAAGUUUAUGAGAAAUUUACGAAAUAUGCACUGGAAAUUAUUCAGCCUGCUUAUGGUAAAAUAAAAUGGGAUGUCGAUGAUGAUGAGAAACAUUUGGAUAAACAUCUCAGAGUAAAAUUAUUAAAUUUGGCUUGUGCAAUGGGACACCAAAAAUGUUUGGAAGAAGCUGGGAAAUUAUUUUUGGACUGGAUAGCUGAUGCUGAAAAUAUUCCUCAUCCUGACUUGCGCACUUUAGUAUACAAUUAUGGAAUGAAACAAGCUGGAACAAAACAAAUUUGGGAUAUUGUUUGGGACAGAUUCAAAAAUGAAGGAGAUGCUUCUGAAAAGGAAAAAUUAAUGGAUGGAUUGUCCUUUAUACAAGAUGCUGAUGUUCUUAAAAAAUAUACAGAUUUGGCCUGGUUAGAAGAAAACGUCCGAGGUCAGGAUUAUUUCAAAUGCAUGUCCUCAAUUUCUGCAAAUCCUUUAAGUACAGAUGCAACCUGGAAAUACGUCCAGGACAAUUGGCAAAAAAUGAUCGACAGAUUCGGAUUGGGGGAAAGAAAUUUGGGCAGACUUAUUCCAUCUGUUACCGAUAGAUUUACUACUGAAGAUAGGCUAAAAGAGAUGAAUGAAUUCUUCGCCAAAUUUCCGGAGGCUGGAGCAGGAGCUGCUGCUCGAAAACAAGCCCUGGAAACUGUUUCCAAUAAUAUAAAAUGGUUAAAAGUUAACAAAGACAGUGUUGCAAAAUGGUUGAAUGAGAGGAAAUAAUUUAAAUAAAUAAAUAAAUAUAUAUAUAUAUAUAUAUAUAUAAAUAUAUAUAUAUAUAUUAGGGUG